CCUCCGUCUAACAACUCUAUUCUAGCGUCUACCAUGACAGGAGGGAGCUGGUGAGCCCCGUAGGUGUUCAUGCAGACGCUGCGGAGGUCUGCGGUGAUGGAGAGUGUGAGGUGGGCCUUCCCCUGUGGCCGCUGGGCUCCGGGGCGGGAGGACUGGCUGCUGUGUGCCCGCUGUGUGCAGCCCGAGGAGAAGCAGCGCAUUGCUGGCUUCAUGUUCACCCGCGAUGCCAGAGCCGCCAUGGCCGGUCGUCUUCUGAUCAGAAAGUUGAUUGCAGAAAAGCUUCAGAUACCCUGGGACAAAAUUCUGCUGGACAGGACCGACAAGGGGAAGCCAUUCCUGGUCAGCGGGGUUCCACCUCAUCUCCCAAACUUCAACUUCAAUGUCUCCCAUCAGGGCGAUUACGCCGUUCUGGCAGCUGAGCCCGAGCUCCAGGUCGGAGUUGACAUAAUGAAAACUGACCGGCCAGGCAGCGGCUCCACAGAAGAGUUCUUUCGUAUCAUGCACCGCCAGUUCACGGAACGAGAGUGGCACUCUAUCAAGAGCAUGGGAAGUGACUGGGCACAGCUCGACACCUUCUACAGGCACUGGGCACUGAAGGAAAGCUUUAUUAAAGCCAUAGGGGUCGGCCUCGGCUUUAACCUGCAAAGAAUUGAAUUUGAGUUGUCACCCUUACACAUGGAGAGGGGCAAGGUCUACACACAAACCAAAAUGUGGCUCGAUGACGAAGAUGAAAACUGGUCCUUUGAGGAAAUGCUCCUGGAUGAAAAGCAUCACGUGGCUGUUGCUUUGGGGAACACAAAUAAACCCCCCAAAUCACAGAAUGGAACGAUGUUCACAAUUCUCUCCUAUGAAGAUCUCAUGGCAUCUGCUGUUCCAAUUACAACAGAGGAUCCGAAUUACUGGGAUACCUUUCACUCCAAACAAGAAUUCCCACGUCGACAGAGUUCUUCAGCAGUGGGUGAAACUAUUACCUGAACCCACAGCCAUCUAGAGUCUACGAAUCAUCCCAGACAUUGCCAGAAGAUCACCUAACUGCUCGGGGACAUCAUGUUAACAGCCCGAGACCUGCUGUAGUCAGUCUCAAUCCAGCAAAUCUUACAUCCCUGGAAAAAAAGUUUUGUGAACAUUUCCUGUCCUUUGCUACGGUCCAUUCACAGGAUAUACAGUAUCUGGUCACUCAUUUAAAUGUCCUUGUAGUGAAAAAUAUGUGAAUGUUUCUUAAAUUAUCAGUUUAUUUUAUAGUAGGGCAUUAUGAUGUGAAUGUUGAGUUGAUUGUUACCUCUGCAUGAGACCGCAGGAUGAGACUACAAGGAUCUGCUUGUAGUCUGUAACUAUGAAAACACAGCGGUCUGCAUAGGAGAAAUUAGGAGAUUUUUUAGUUAGGACUAUUGGUAGGACUGCUUAAUUUUUUUGCUUUGGAUAGAUUAGCACAAUAAAAUGUGGCUGCAAUAAGUCUGAACCCAGACACCCCCUUUAAAACUAAUUGCAAAGCUGCUUCUUUUUCCAUUUUUGGCCCGCUUGGCAGGACCGGAAGUGUGACUGGGCAAAACAAUAUUCAAUAUUUUUUCUUUUCUUUCUUUUAUCCACUUUCCUGAUGAUCUUGGGGGACGCGGGAUGGACAACCUCUUUGAGGUCUAGAAGAAGCGCAUCUUGACCCAUUGACUGGGUCUAAAAAUAUUAUUAGCUGAUGAUUGAGAGAGCCCACAGAUAGUAGAGAGAUGUGUAUCAAACUGGCCAUUUAGAAGAAUAUUACGUACAAUUACCUCCUGUGGUAUAGCUUUAUUGGAAAUUUCACAUUCACCACCAUUUUUUAAUUGCCCCAAUAAACCUAAAAUUGAUCGAU